UUGCAGUUUGAAAUAUUCCGUCGAACGUUAAAGAAGCGCUUGAGAAUCGCGGGCGUGUUGAAUAAUUAUAAGGAAAGAUCGUCAAUUGUUUUUCCACGACAAUUUCGAUUUGCUUCCGGAGGGAAACGUUUAAUCUUGUAGAUUGAAUUGGUAGUAUUAAUUAAAGUGCAAUAAAAAGAAAAGAAAAAGUGCUUUCAGGUGACUUACAACUUCCCAAGAUAAUUAAAUAUAGUGAGACUUCAUAUCGCAAAUUGACAGCCAACCUCAUCCAUUUGUUAGCUCAUCUUACGAGUUUUAUUGUGAUAAUUAUUGAAAGGAAAAGUGGAAAAAUGAAAUUGUACUUCUGGUCAUCAUUCAUUGCAUUGUUGAUUCAUUCAUCGUGUAGUGUGGAGAUUGAUAGUAAUUAUGUGUCUAGCGACCGCCAACCACGUCACAAUGCGUUUCGUGGGAAUUCUAAGUUUGAAUUGCCAACCUACCUGAACCAAAAUGCUUAUGCACAACCUGUUUACUCAUCCGAUCGUCGUGGACCAGAUGGAAGUUUCAGUUAUGAGUAUGGGACUAGCAAUGGGAUUCAUGUGAAGCAGGAUUCGAACGGUUACGGUCCUAACAAAGUUGUUCGCGGAUAUUAUAGUUACGUUGGCAGUGAUGGCAUCACAUACACAGUAAAUUACAUUGCUGACCGCUAUGGCUAUCGUGCAUAUGGAACUCACUUACCAAAACAACCACAUGAAGUCGUUGAAACUCCUAAAAUUCCUGUCUACACUCGACCUGUAAGCAAUCAAGCAUUUGUCACGUCGCAACCUCCACCUGCAGUUUAUCCACUUCGACCUCACAAUCAUCAACAUCAAACACAAUCUGCCUACUAUUCGACACCUCUUCCAUCACAAAAUAUUUAUGUUACUGAGUCAGCUCCACCGAAUUACAUUAACAUAACUCCAAAACCUUUCUACGUGACACCGACAAAGCAGCCUACAUUUAAUCUUCAACCACCAAACGCGUAUAGUUUGAUAUCUCAACAAUACCCUAACCAACCCAUUGUUUGGACAACUGCAAAACCCUCAGCUGUUUAUAAUAGUGGAUUCAGUUCAUCAACCCCAUCUCCUUAUUCGCCAUACUAA